AGACUGGAGAAGAGACGGGGCCUGGCUUGGGAAUGUGUUGCUCUCUUCCCAUUCUUCCUAUGCAGACAGACACACAACAUGGCGGAAUAGAACGGUCGGCUGACGCGCCCGGAUACAGUGGAUAAACCGUGGGAUUUAACAUCCAGGGAGGCCAAGAAAGUACCCGCUGAAGCUACGAUACGUUAGGGGAAACUGAGGAUUUUAGAGGGCGCCUUCCUUACCCGAAUUUAGUAGAGAAACUGACUGCAAAGUGUUAACUGUGUCCCAGACCGUACUUCCCUCCUCUGCUAUCACCCAGGUCCCCCCACCCCGCUCACACUCGGUUCUUGGGGUGUGGAGACAGGGGCCGGGGUUGAAAAAAAAAACGUGAAAGAGAAAAGGAGGAUAAAUUCCUGCUUGACUUUGAUUUUUCCCCUCUCGGGUUUCCUUUGGGCACUACAGGAGUCGUGGACCCCGCUGUGCGAAUGAGUGAUUGAUGCCAACUUCGCUUCUUCAGGGCAGAAUGGGUGUGUGUCCCCUGCUCCUGCUGCUCGGUCUAGCCCUCUGGGCCUCAGCUCAAGAUCAUGUCCCCAUCGCAACUCCACCAAAUAUCACUGCCUCCGUCAACUUGACAGUCACCCACACACCAGCCCCCAUGGCCCCACCUGCAACACUUACUGUGACGACAGUAACACCCACAACAACAACAACAACAACAACCACCACCUCAACCACAGCCCCAACUGGUGAUGGAGUACAUUCAUCUAAUUCCACCCCGCUGGUGUUACCAGCUCCUUCUCCCUCACCUUCAGUUCCAUCAGAUGCCCCUCAGGCACUACCAAGCACCGAUCCUCCCCCUCCUACUACCUCGGUGUGGGAAGGAAAUGGGACCAUUGAUACGUCACCUAGAGAGACACAUCAGGAUGAGGAUACAUUCAGCGAGGAGCAGGAGACAACCACACAAGCUGGGUUUGAGUUCACCUCAGUUAGCAGCCCACAUGACAACAACUCCACUGAAGAUAUGCCGAUCAUAGCCGUGAUGGUGGCCCUGUCCUCCCUGCUGUUCAUCAUCUUCAUCAUCAUCGUCCUCUACAUGCUUCGGUUUAAGAAGUACAAGCAGGCAGGAAGCCAUUCAAACUCCUUCAGGCUAGCCAACGGUAGAUCAGAUGAUACAGAACUUCAGAGCGUUCCAUUAUUGGCUCGUUCACCCAGCACAAACAGGAAGUACCCUCCUCUUCCUGUCGACAAGCUAGAAGAAGAAAUGAACCGUCGCAUGGCUGAUGACAACAAGCUUUUCAGGGAGGAGUUUAAUGCUCUGCCAGUUUGCCCCAUCCAGGCAUCAUGCGAUGCUGCUUCCAAGGAAGAGAAUAAAGAAAAAAACAGAUAUGUCAACAUCCUGCCAUAUGAUCACUCCAGGGUGCAUCUCUCAUCUCUGGAGGGAGUCCCUGACUCUGACUUCAUCAAUGCCUCCUUUAUAAAUGGUUACCAAGAGAAGAAUAAGUUUAUUGCAGCUCAGGGGCCAAAGGAGGAAACCAUAAAUGACUUCUGGCGCAUGAUCUGGGAGCAGAACACAGCUACCAUUGUCAUGGUGACCAAUCUAAAGGAGAGGAAAGAGUGUAAGUGUGCCCAGUACUGGCCGGACCAGGGCUGCUGGACAUAUGGGAACAUCCGAGUGUCGGUAGAAGACACGAUGGUUCUGGUGGACUACACAGUCCGCAAGUUCUGCAUCCAACAGGUGGGAGAUGUAUCUGGGAAGAAGCCUCAGAGGCUUGUCACCCAGUUCCACUUCACCAGCUGGCCAGACUUUGGGGUGCCCUUCACCCCUAUUGGCAUGCUCAAGUUCCUUAAAAAAGUCAAGGCCUGCAACCCCCAAUAUGCUGGUCCCAUUGUGGUUCAUUGUAGUGCGGGAGUCGGGCGGACAGGUACCUUCAUUGUGAUUGAUGCCAUGUUGGACAUGAUGAUUGCUGAAAGGAAGGUGGAUGUGUUUGGCUUCGUCACUAGGAUCAGAGCACAGCGUUGUCAGAUGGUUCAGACUGAUAUGCAGUAUGUGUUCAUCUUCCAGGCGUUGUUAGAGCACUACCUGUACGGAGACACAGAGCUGGAGGUGACCUCUCUGGAGUCCCACCUGGCCAAACUCUACGCCCCCUCACCUGGAGCUGGCUGCAGUGGUCUGGAGGCUGAAUUCAAGAAACUGACAUCCAUCAAGAUUCAGAAUGACAAGAUGAGAACAGGCAACCUGCCCGCCAACAUGAAGAAAAACAGAGUCCUACAGAUCAUUCCAUAUGAAUUCAACAGAGUGAUCAUUCCAGUCAAACGAGGAGAGGAGAACACCGACUACGUCAAUGCCUCUUUCAUUGAUGGCUACCGUCAAAAGGACUCAUACAUGGCGAGCCAGGGCCCCCUGCAGCACACCAUAGAGGACUUCUGGAGGAUGAUCUGGGAGUGGAGAAGCUGCUCCAUAGUCAUGCUCACUGAGCUGGAGGAGAGAGGGCAGGAAAAGUGUGCUCAGUAUUGGCCCAGUGAUGGAGCGGUGGUCUAUGGGGACAUCUCCAUCGAGCUUAAAAGGGAGGAAGAGAGUGAGAGCUACACAGUGCGUGACCUCCUGGUCACCAACAACAGGGAGAACAAAGCUCGAGCGGUGCGUCAGUUCCACUUCCAUGGCUGGCCAGAGGUGGGCAUACCCACCGAUGGAAAGGGCAUGAUCAACAUAAUUGCUGCAGUGCAGAAACAGCAGCAGCAGUCUGGCAACCACCCCAUCACUGUACACUGCAGUGCUGGUGCUGGCCGGACAGGGACUUUCUGUGCAUUGAGUACAGUCCUGGAGCGGGUGAAGGCAGAGGGUAUCCUGGAUGUCUUCCAGACAGUCAAGAGCCUCAGACUGCAGAGACCCCACAUGGUGCAGACUCUGGAGCAGUACGAGUUCUGCUACAAAGUGGUCCAGGAGUAUAUCGAUGCCUUUUCUGACUACGCCAACUUCAAGUAGAGACCUGCCGUGGAUUCACAGAUGUCCGCAUACACUUUAUACAAGCAUAUGCACGCAUCAGAACACGCACACAUAGUACAUUGCCAUGCAGAAAGCUGCAUAUUCCCAUCUGAUGGGUUUAAAAAAGACUCAUCAUAACUUGAUCUGUGGAUGGGAUGAACUGCCUGAAGGAAAAGGGAACAGAAGUCUUUAUCCGGAGGGCAGGGCAGUGCUGUGGAAUAGAGAAAAUAACUGAAAUGCCUUCUUGAAUAUUUUGUAAUAAUGGUCUUGUUAAUACACCCCUUCACCUCUAUUUGCUUCCUGUCCCCUUCCCCAUAUGUACAUAUACUUAUUGGGGUGCAUCUUUUGACUUUGGUUUCACACACAGUCUGGAGUUUGGCUGCAUUUUUGGCAAUGCAUUUCAUUUGUGUGUGUGUGUGUGUGUGUGUGUGUGU